AUGAACGCGACAAAAUGGAGAAUCUCCAAGGCGUGCCAGGAAUGUCGCGUCAAGAAGAUCAGGUGCAAUGGCGUAAUGCCUUGCCAGAAUUGCAGGCUGAGAAGCCUCGGCUGCGUAUACCGCGAGAAGGCUCGCAAUCGCCCGCGCAAGAUCAAGCCGCGAACAGCCGCAUCUGAGGCAAUCGGGUCACACGAUACCUUCGAAGCGCCCUCGAUUGAGCCAUCCGAUGAGGGCUCAAACGUACCUCUGACUCCUAAUGUAGACGUCGCCGUGUCUGCGUCACCAGCUCCUUCGGCGUUUGCGAGCGAACGCAGUAUCAACAACAAUAGCAUUGAAGGAACUCGUCCCAAUGCCCCGUCUCGCGAAGGUGUCGAAGAAGUUGGUCCUGGUCUGGAUCUGUUCAGAGAUCGAAGGUUGUUCUUUGGUGACCUGGCAGACAACCAGCGGCCAACAUCAGUCUCCGAGGACUACUCAGCCAUGCUUAUCGACCCAGAAACAGCAAAGAGGUUACUCGACAGAUACCUUCUCACUUACUGGCACGGCUUACCUUUUCUGGGCUUUGUGCUGACAUACCCUCACGGUCAUUUCCAGUCUGAAAGAGCGCGGCCAAACUCAAGUUUCCUCCACGUCGGAACUGCAGUAAGAACAGCUGUUGCUGCUGGCCUUCAUAAAGACACAUGUAUGAGACCUGGGGAAACGCAAGAGGUUGUCGACCAACGGAGGAUCAUGUAUUGGAGUUUAUUCUUCUGGGAAGCGUGGAAUUGCUUUGUUGUCGGUCGCCCCAGCUCGAUUCCCGAUCCAGGUCAGAGCAUACCUGUCCCGGGAGAUCAUCAGCUCUUGGUCUCUUUAGCCACGCUAUCCAGGAUCAUGGAUAAAUGCGCCAAGCGCAUCUACAGCCCGCGGCAUGACUCUUUAUUGCCAGUUUGGAAUGCAGCCAUAGAAAUCCGCCGAGAGCUUCACUGUUUCGCAGAACAGCAGCUCAAAGACAUGAAGUUUUGCCUUGUAGGAGACCCGAGCACCGGAGAACGUGGAGUUUGUCAAGCCAUGGUGUCUACGAUGUAUCACCAUACUCUUCUGUUGACGUUCCGCCCAUUCUUGAUCCUUCGAGCGAAGCUGAAGCAAGAGAAUCCAUCUUCCGAAAACAUAUCUGCGGAGAGCUUACACACGCCUCCACGCUGGCUUGACAACGCCUGUGAAUACUGCCUCGAGGCGGCAAGAAAUUCCAUUGGAUUCUUGACAGCAUCUUGCGCUACCAACAUUCUUUGUCGCGAUAUCAAAUACCAUGGCUUUUUUAUCGAAGGUGCAUGCUACGCUUUGGCCUUUGACAUGCUGCAGGAGAAGACGAAGACGGCUCACCGCAACCUCCCUUGGAUCCACUCCGGCCUGAGAUGCCUUCGUUCCAUGGUUACUAAGGCUGGGGCCAAUGUUGGCCAGCUACCAACUACAAUUGCGUCAAUCGAGCAAAUGGUUCGCUCCGUAUUUCCGUCUUUCGAGCUGAGGGACGAUGUGGAUCCGGAUGUGCGGCAAGCUCAGGCUCAACAACCCUUAGACUCAACAUUGCCCGGCUCCCCGUUCAUGCCGCACGCUAGCGGGAUCGGAGAGGAGCCGACAUUCACUUUCCCUUCAAUGCCGUUCGGCUUUGAUGUCACUGGGCAGCCGAAUGGAGCCUCUCUCUUUGGUGUAGGAUCGAAAGAACUGGCAGAUUUCACAGCUGCCGACGUCGGGUGGGACAUCGCCUUUGGCACCAUGAACAUGGAAGCUUUCUUAUCUCUUGAUCGGACUAACGCCUUCAAUUUUGCUCCCUAA